AUGGGGCCGGAGUCGCCGCAGGACGAGACGCCGAGCUCGAGCUCGAAAGCGUCAGAGCCACCGAUUCCUGAAGACCCGAGGCUGGAGGAGAUCCGAUCAGAGCUUCUUGAUUCCCCGACGAUGCUGGAGCAGCUGGUGUUGUCCAUCCCGGAGUCCUCUGCAUUCGUGGUCCGCCUGCUCGUCGAGGUGGACAAGCACGGGCACAUACGCCAGAGCAUGCUCGGCGGGUUCGUGCACCGCGCGCAUGGGAUCACGGGGAACAGGCAGGAGCAUGCGGUGUUCCAAGCGCUGCUGCGCUUCUCCCAGUGGCGGCACGAGGAGCUCAGCCACAUUGUGGACGCUGCCGUGGAGCCCAACCUCGUCUCAAGGACCAACGACGGUUGGAGUGACUUAAUCGAGCGCUGUGAGGGCAUAAAUCAUGGUGAAUAUCUGAAACUGUUGGCGGAUAUUGCAACGUUGAGGCAUGAGCAUGACCACCUGGAGGCCAGCGUGAGGAGGCAGACAGGAGAAGACCUGCCAUCCGGCGCAACCGCGGCAGAGCUCCGCGGUCUGGAGCACAAGCUAGAGUGCGCGUUGGGUAAAGUCCGUGAGACGAAGGUGCACAUCCUGGAGGAGCAGAAUAGCUUCCUUGGCCACAUGACUUUGAAGGUAUUGAAGCACAACCUUUGUACCCAACCAGCAAAAUGCUAGUAUAAGAUUCUUAGAUAAGGAGGGCUCCAGGCGCUCAAACAAUUUCAACUACAAGCAGAUAUUUUGCCUAAAUUCAAGACGAAAGAAGAUGUUCAAAGAAGCGCCAAGACAUUUUUGUAUAGCAAGUUAUGUAAUAAUAGUUGGGUUAUCUAG